UCCUGUUUCUUCACUUACGGACAUCUGUGAAGACAUAGCAAAACCCUCUUUCUCAGAGCACCUGCUGGUAAAGCCUCGCCUCCUCACACAGACACACCUGUGCCAGAAGCUGAGCCUAGAAGGGCUGGCCAGAGACUCCAGUCCCCAGCGACUCAAGUCCGUCUACCUCAGCAAGGCCACAAUGAACCAAGGAGUCUCUUUUAGGCACUUGCUCCUGGUGCUGCAGCUGGCUCAGCUCCCAGCCGUCCUUCAAGGGAAGACUGUGGUAGUGGGCAGAGAAGGGAACACGGUGGACCUGCCCUGUAAAAGUUCCCAGGAGAAGAGCAUGUUGUUCAUCUGGAAGCUCUCUGACCAGACGAGGAUUCUGGGGAAUCAGAAUAACUUUGUGACUAGAGCUCAGUCUGAGCGGUUCAGCCGUUUUGAUUCGAGAAAAUCCUCGUGGGAUAAAGGUUCGUUUCCUCUCGUCAUCAAUAAACUUAAGAUGGAAGACUCAGGCACUUACAUCUGUGAGGUGGAGAACAGGAAGAUAGAGGUGGAGCUGUUGAUGUUCAGAGUGACUGUCAGCCCGGGCACCCACCUGCUGCAGGGGCAGAGUCUGACCCUGACCUUGGAAAGCAGCCCUAAGGUCAAUGACCUCUCAAUGGAGUGCACGUGCCCGAGGAAGAGAAAUUUCAAGAGCUCUAAAGCCAUCACCGUGCCCAACCUAAGCAUUCAGGAUGAUGGCACCUGGUCCUGCAAGGUAGCCGUGAACAAGCAAAGUGAUACACUGUCCAUGAAGAUCUCUGUGCUGGGUUUCCAGAAGGCAUCUACCACAGUCUUUAAGAAUGAGGGGGAGGCAGUGGAGUUUUCCUUCCCCCUUAACUUUGGUGAUGAAAAUCUGCAGGGGGAGCUGAGGUGGAAGACAGAGAAGGCCCCCUCCCCCCAGCCUUGGAUCACCUUCUCCCUGGAGAACAAGAAGGUGUCCCUGCAAAAGACCACGGGCAACCUCAAGCUCCAGCUGGCAGAAACGCUCCCACUCCACCUCAAGAUACCCCAGGUCUCACUCGAGAGCGCUGGCUCUGGGAACCUGACUCUAACUCUGGCCAAAGGAACACUGCAUCAGCAAGUGAACCUGGUGGUGAUGAAAUUGGCUCAGAAAGAUGACGCUUUGAUCUGUGAGGUGAAGGGACCCACCUCCUCCAAGAUGCAACUGACCCUGAAGAAGGAGAAUCGGGAGGGCAAGGUUACCAAGGAGAAGGAGCUCCAAGAGCCGGCCCCUGAGGCAGGGCUGUGGGAGUGUCUCCUGAAUGAAGGGACUGAGGUCAAGAUGAACUCCAAAAUCCAGAUUUUAUCCAGAGGGCUGAACCAGAACCAGCCAAUGUUCCUGGCUGUCGUGCUGGGAGGCACCUUCGGCUUUCUGGCUUUCAUCGGGCUCUGCAUCCUCUGCUGUCUCAAGUGCCGGCACCAACAGCUCCCCCCUCUCCCCCCUCCAAGGGGCACCUCCCUCCUGGAGGACUGGGACCCUCACAACUCCUCUCCUUGUCCCUGGGCAGCGCCAGGCAGAACGGAUGUCUCAGAUCAAGAGGCUCCUGAGUGAGAAGAAGACCUGCCAGUGUCCCCACCGGAUGCAGAAGACUCAGAAUUUCAUUUGAGGCUGAGGCCCCUUUGCAGCCGACCACCUGCGUCUUGGCUGCUGAGGCCUGUGGACCAGAAGAAUGUAGCAGACCCAUUACUCUGGCCUCCUGCCCUCCUCUUCCAGAACUGGCCACUGCUCCUCUCUCUAUUCCCAAGCCCAAAGUAGAGCUUGCUCUCUGAUUUUCAGACACUUAAACACACUUUGUUUUUCCCAGCGUCCUUUUCACCAAAACCUCAGCUCUUCCCUGACUGCUGUUCAGAACCUCUUUCCAGUUGUCUGGAUCUAAGGGCAGUGCCCAGAACCAAACAUGGGUGGUGGGGCUGGCAUGUGGAAAUAUUCAGCACAGUUCACAAGAGAGGGCCCUGGGGCCAGACUGAGUGGGGACUUGUGUCAAUCAAAGCACAGAUGGAGACCCAAAGGCUGCUGAAAUCAGCCUCAGCUCCCCAUACUGCCUGCUUCUCACUUUGUGAGAGGACCAGACUCACAUUCUGGCCAAUGCACCAACACACCCCCAGGCCACAUACCUCUGCACAUAGCCAUACACUUAUCCAUAGUUAAAUAAGCCAGUUUAAUGUCCUUGCUAUUCAACCCUAAUAAGAACCUUACGUGUGGGCAAGCAAAAUGGUUCAGCUGUAAAAAGUUCUUGCUGCCAAGCCCGAGGACCUGUGUUCAAUCCCGGAGGGUGGAAGGAGAGAGCUGAACAUUGUCUUCCACUUGUGUGCCAUGGCCCUCAUGUAUACACACACACACACACACUCACACACACACACGGCAAUCCUACGAGCUGUCGGUGAUGACCAAGAUGGCAGAAAUGACCAAUCAUCUCCAACAAAAUGGAAUUAAGGCUGCAUGACUGCCCAAGGUUGCAGAGCUAACUACUGUAGAUAUCAAGAUUAACCCAAGGCUCCUGAUCCCUGGAGCCACUAUCUGCGACACAGGAGUGAAUGCCAGGCAGAUCUUUGGAGCUGGUCACGGGCACCCAGUAUGCACCUUGGGAGCAUAGAAGCAGGCACACCACGUGCAGGAUGGCGGGUCUCUAGAUCGUGAGGAGGUGGAGGAGUGGUCCUUGUUUGAGUCCCUCUUUGACCACUGCUGCUUGUGGACUCCUUUACUGGAGGGCAAAACCCCAGUUCUCUUAGAGGAAGGCCAAAAGAAAUGUGCAGAGGCCUGCCACUCAGUGUGUGCAGAGACUGCCACUGUGUGUGUGCAGAGCCCGCCACUCAGUGUGUGCAGGGCCCGGAAAGGGAGCCGUGUUCCGGUGCCUUUUGAGAAGAUCCUUGGAGAAGCUGACCAUGCUUUUCCCCUUUGCCAGGCAUCCAGGGAAGUCAGGGUUAUAAGAAUUCUCCCUGCCAGUCUUGAUCAGCUUCUCUCAGAUGCUCAGCUUCCUUGGCUUCUUUUCACUCUCCUGCCUUAGCGCCUUCCUUUUUUCUUCUGACCCCAUUCCUUUUUUUCCUCCUUUUCCCCACAUGGCCUCUUCCAGAAAGUGCGCCCCCUUUUCCAAUUGCUGCCAGGCUCCUCACUGCUUACUUUUGAUUUGUUUCCACUGCCCGCUCCUGCUCCCUCAGCGAACAGAAAAAUAAAGGCUAUAAG